AGAGGUAAAAUGCUGUUUUUUCCUUUUAAUCCGUAAUCGGUGUGUAAAUUUAUUAGAUAUAAUGAGCUAUACGCAGAUUACAAAAGAAAUUAUUGAGAAACUUCAGGAAGAAAAUAGUAACUUAUUAGAAACCUUACAUAAAGCUCAAGACAACAUUAAAUUUUUGGAGAAGCAGCUAGCAGAUAAAGAUGCAUUGAUAAAGAUUUUAAAUAACAGACUUCGUUAUGGAUCCGAUAGUUAUUCAAGUAUGAGUAACAGACAAAAUGAAUUAACUAUUAAACAUUUAGAACUUCAAAUCGAAAAAUUACUGAGAGAAAAUCAGGAUUUAGAAUUGCAAAUAAAUGCUCUGAAAUCUAACAUUUGCUCUAGAUGUGAAACAAAACUAAUUUUAGAUGUAGAGGACUACCCUGUUUUUCUACACAGUGGAAAACAAACGUUUCCAGUACCUGCACUUAAAAGACCAUCAAGAUCUGCUUCUAGUGUAAGUAAAAAAGUUACUGUAUCUGAAUGUUCAGAUCGUCAGAAAACUUUAGAGCGAAUAAUAGAACAUAAAGACAAAAGAAUUGAUCAUUUAGCUAAAGAAGUUCAGAAACUUACUCAAGUAGAGAAAGAAUUAACUGCUAAAAUUUAUAGGCUUACAAAAUUGCUUCCAAUGUCACAUAUGUCUCCCGAGAGUCUAACAGAAUGUUUACUAAAAGAAAUUCAGCAGUUGGAGUCACAGAUGCAAUGUUACAGUAGCACAUAUAGUAAUUUGCAAAAAUCAGAUCCUACAAAGCAUAAAAAACAGGUUAAUGAAAUGGAGGGGAAGAAAGAUUAUGCAUUUAAGAAUAAAGCUCCUCAGAAGGACGAUAACCUCGGAGGUAAACAAGAUUUUUCGUUAAAAGGUAAAGAAAUUAAUCCUGGUAUUAAAGGGAAAAUAAAAUCAUUUUAUGAAGCAGAAUUGGUAAAAAAAGAAGAUGAAGUGUUAAUGUCCAGUUUACGAGAACUUUAUAAAGACAUUUGUGAACUGAAACACUUUUUUGCUACUGAAAAUGAGAAAGCAUGUCAGGCAUUCAAACAGAAUUCUUUAAAAAAUGAUUUUCUAAAAUUAAAUUUGAAGGAAAUUAUUAAUAAAUUAAAUGGAAUUACUGAAAACAUUCAACAAAUAAUUAAAGUUAAACAUUUAAAACCUUUUGAUUUUAAUAAUGUCAGUAAUUCAGUUCAGCAAGAUAAUGUUAUCUUACGAUUGCAAGAGAGGUUACGAGAAUCAUUAGAUGUUAUCGCUGGAUAUGAAAAUGAAAAUAAGCAUUUAAAAGAAGAGCUUUCAACUCUUCAGCAUAAAAUAAAUGUGGAAAGAAAUUAUCAUCAAUCAAUCUCUGCUGAUAUGCAGAGAUCAAUGGAUGAUAAGGGCACAUGGGAUAGAAAUCGAGCACAAAAUACAAAUGAAGUUCAAAAUAUAAAAGAAUUACUUGCUAUUAAAGAGAGACAACUAAGUGAUGCAGAAAAUCAUAUUGAAACACUUCAGAAUUAUGUUAAAUUGUUACAGGCGUUACAAAAGCCAUCAGAGGAUUCAAAAACUCAGAUGUCUUGUGUUAAAGAGAAAAUAUCAGAUACUGAUGAUGCACUAAUUAAGCAACUGAAAACUAAAGAGAAAAUAUCAGAUACUGAUGAUGCACUAAUUAAGCAACUGAAGACUAAGUUAGAUGUGGCUGAAAAAAAUAUUAAACAGUGUGAAGAAGUCAUUGAAGAUCAACAGAACACUAUUUGCAAUUUAGAAGAAGAAAAUAUGAAUUUGAAAUCUGAUUUACAUGUGGUUAAAAGUGAUAAAGUUUUAUCUGAAGUACAUAAUAAGCAAAAUAUGACUUUGAAAUCUCAGUUAGCACAAGUUAAAAAUGAAGUUGCUUUUUUGAAAAGCGAAAAUAAAGAUUUAAAUGAUAAAAUAAUUUUAUUAGAAGAAGAAAAUUCUAAAUUGCUAAAUAAUUUAAAAGACUCUGAUAACAGUAAAUUUUCCCUUUCUGAGAUUCAAGCUAAAUUAAAUACUGAAAAGAAAUAUGCUUGUGACUUAAAAAAUACAGUUGGUGAACUAAAAAGUAGUUUGAAACUUUUAGAAGAAGAAAAAACUCAACUUCAGACUCGUUUGAGAGAAGCUGAAACUAGAAUACACAUGUCUAAAUCGUAUGAAGAGGAUUUGCAAUCUUUGAAAAAUAAAUUGAUGUUACAGGAACAGGAAAAUCAAAAGUUAAAAGAUUCUUUACAUGCAUUUGAAAGUAAGGCUAUGGAAAUGAGCUAUUAUAGAAAAACUUUACACCAAGAAAUUGAAAAUUUAUGUGAGGCAUUGCUGGAAAAUUCAGAUGAUGAUCGGACUGUUUCCCGCCGUAAAGCCAUCUACAAAGCUGCUGUUCUGCGCUCUGCGCAAGCUUUGUUAAGACUUGGUGAAGAUUCAAAAUUAGAAGACUCUGGAAAAAGUAAUGCUCUUGAUGAAAUGAAACACCAUGUUCAGGUUUAUCUCACUGAAGUUGCUCGCAUUCAUGAAUUGUUGACAAUAAAAGAACAGCAAAGAGAAGAAUUGCUUAAAGAAUAUCUUGAAAUAAAUGAGUCAUUAGACUCAGCAAUGCAAGGUUCUUCAUUAAAACAUGAAUUACUUGUUCAUGAUGACAUUCCAGGAGAAAAACAAGAAUCUAUGCCACAUGCUGAAGCUGCUUGUGGUGCUUCAGGUACUAAUGCAAAUUCUUCUGGAACUCUUGCAGGUAUAAGUGAUAAAGGUACUGAAACAAAGAAGGCUAACAAUUUAAAAAAAUCUGAGCAACAUGUCUUAGGAGAAACUGGAAAUGAAAUUAAAUCAGUUGUGGAAGAUUUAAAUGCAUCAAAAAUUCUCAAUUCGUAUCUCCUGUCUAGUUGUUCCAAAUUGGAAGAACAACUUGAAAAAGAAAGAACAGAACAUGCAAAAUGUGAGAAAGAGUUAGAAGUGAUUAAAGAGAAUAUGCAGGAGGUAAAAAUGCAACUAAAUGUAAAAAAUGACAUGCUGAAAAGGUUUAACACAAUCAUUGAGAUGAUGCGUUCGAAAGAGUGCAAUGAUGAGAUCACUAUGGAGCAACUGAAAAGUGAAAUAAAGUGGUUAAUAGAUGAAAAUCAGAAAAUAUUUGAAAAAAUAACUGCUACACAGUCUGAAUUAUGCAAGUGUAAGGAAGAAAAUUCACGAAUUCAAAAUGAUCUUGCUGAUAUGAAAAGACAGCUUGUGAAUGAAAAAUUUGAGCAUGCAAAAGUUAACAAUGAGCUGAAGCAUUUACGUAUGCAGAUAUCUAAUUCUCAUUCAUCAUUAAAUGGUGAUUCAUAACAUAAUCGUAAUCAGUGAGAAAUUAAUCUCCUGUUAAGUUAUUAAAUUAAUUUAUUUACUAACUGAUGUAAUUGCGUAAGUAUUUAAAUAAUUUUAUUUACU